UAUGAAUCAUCAGCUGUCGUCAGUUUUCUAGAAAAACAAAUCGUAGUUGUGUGAAAUUUGUGCAAAUUUUUGUGGUUUCAAAACAGUUGAAAAAGUAAAGGGACAUGUCGGUUAAUACGGCUCACGCCAACAAUGGCGUGCUCAUCCAUGCUGGAGAGUACAUACUGCUCCACAGCGACAGUGUCUCCAUGGAGUUCUCCGGUCAGGACAAUCCCAUUUUCAAGGGCUCCAAACCGGGCAGGAUUUACCUCACCUCCCACAGGAUGAUCUUCAAUAGCAAGAAGUCCUCGGAUUCGAUGCAGUCCUUCAGUGCCCCCUUUGUUGCUCUUUCGGAUGUGGAAAUCGAACAGCCGGUUUUUGGGGCCAACUACAUCAAGGGAAAGGUGCGCGCUCAGCCAAAUGGAAACUACGUGGGCGAGGUCAAGUUCAAGCUGCAUUUCAAGGCAGGCGGCGCAAUUGAAUAUGGUCAAGCUCUACUGCGCUCCGCCAAGACGGCGAUGAACAACUACCACCGCGGUGGCUUGGCUGGUGAUGAUCCGCCACCCUAUCAGCCGGCUGGAGCCUGGAAUGAGGCGCCACCACCGGCUUAUCAGCCACCACCUGGCUACUACGGCUGGCUGCCGCAGCAUGAUGCCUUCAGUGGCCCUGCGCCGAAUACGGUCUUUAUGAGCGACAAUCCGCCGCCCUAUCCGGGUAUCGCACCACCUGCGCACCAACCAGCACCGCAACAGCCGCAGGCGCCGUCGUCGAAUGACCCCAAUUGGUAUGGUUUUUCAGCACCGCCACCGCAGCAGCAACAACAGCAGCCGGGCUACGGGCCACAAGGAUGGGCCGGUGGCUAUGUCCAGCCUCCGCCGUACGCCUCAUGUGCGCCGAAUUGUCCUCCACAACCGCCGUACGCCACACCGGCGCAGACGUACAAUGGUCCACAGCCAUAUGGCGGAUACGGCAAUGUGCCCGGCGGAUUCAACACGCCCGGAUUCCAGCAACCGAACGGAUAUCCAAAUGGCUAUCCAGGUGGACCACCGCCUCCCGGACAACAAGCAGCAGGAGCAGCCGGAGGAGCCGCCGCAUCUGGAGCCAGCUUUAUGGGCUUCAGCUUGCCCCCUGGAAAUUCCAAAGAAGCAGAAGCUGCAGCUAGUGCAUAUAACACACCCUACAACCAAGGCGGACCCAGUGGAUCAGGCAACAAUGAUUUACCACCUUCUUAUAAUAACUUGCCACCCAGUUAUGAUGAUGCAUCGAAAAAAAAUCACUAAAAGAAGCUGCAUACUAUAUUCCCUUACGAAGAAAUGCAAAAUAACUAAGUAAUUACAGCCCAUUCCGUUAAGGAUACUCGAAAAGGAACUAAUCUAUUUUUGUUGUUUUUUCGGGCAUUUAAAAUAUGCUUGAUUUUUGCUUACUAAGCUGCAUAAGCUGCAUAUUGUUCAUAUGCUUUAAUUUCUGGUCCCAAAAUUGGAUUUUCGCUCUUUCGGCUUGAAAAAUU